AUGAGUUCCAGUCUACUAGAGUGGUGCAAUUGCUGUUGGCCGAAUCGCAAAGAAAAAACCAAAGUAAGUUCGAAAGAUUUUCGGCCGUUAUUCGGGCAGAAUUCAGGAGCCGAGCGCGCUACCGUAUACCUCAAGCAGCCGGAAAUCGUCGUCACCAACGGCUAUCUGAACAGCGAAGCACCAGAAAAGGUGCCGGCUAUAAUAGUAUCUUCACCGAGAAGCAACUACGAUCCAGACGAGUUCUACACGGCGCGGACUAGCCGGUCGAUCGAGAAAAUGAAGUUCAAGAGUAUGCCAACGCUGAUCGAGGAGAUCCGGGUCGAGAUUUUACAGGAAUUGAAAGAGCUCGAGGAAAAGGAGUCAAGGUGA